UUCUUCCCUUGCCACCCCUCCACCCAUUCCUGCUCCCCUCUCGCACUGCGCUGACUUGCGAGAGAGUUCCGACACAUCCCCCAAGGCAGCAAGCACACAGCAGCAUCUCCACGCGCGACUCCCGACGAGAGAUCGCCCGCCCCCUCCCUCCCGCGCCGCGGGCCGGGCCGAGCCGAGCACCCCAGCCCGUCGCGAAGCUAGGGUUUCGCUUCGCGUCACGUCGGUGGAGGCGGAGAUGAUGGAGGCUGUGGCGGCGCCCGCGCCGGCGGCCCGGAUCCGGGCGGCCUGACGCGGAUCCGGCGGCGCGCGGGGGACGUCUCCCCCGGCGGGGCCAUGGCGUCCUCGCCGGUCAAGUUCUUCUCGGUGUUCCUCGCCGUCUCCGUCGUCGGAUGGGUCGUCUUCACGUUUGCUGCGAGAUUGUUAGCUUGGUUCUUGAGUCGUGUACUAUCAGCUUCUGUUGGGUUUCGAGUUGCUGGGUUCAAUUGCUUGCGAGAUGUUACAAUAAAGUUCCGCAAGGGUUCUAUUGAAUCUGUUUCAAUUGGUGAAAUAAAACUAAGUUUCCGCAAGUCACUGGUCAAGCUAAGUUUUGGUGUCAUCUCCAAGGACCCAAAAUUGCAAUUGCUUAUAAAUGAUCUUGAAAUUGUAACUAGAUCAUCUUCAGAAAGCAAAAAGAUAAGCAAGUCAGCAAGGUCUCGUUCCACAGGAAAAGGGAAAUGGCUGGUAACAUCAAGCAUGGCAAGACUUUUAUCAGUUUCUGUGACAGAUCUGAUGAUCAAGGUACCAAAAGGGGCUGUUGACAUCAAAGAGCUAACGGUGGAUACAUUUAAAAUUGCUGGACCUAAUCAUAUUCUUGGUGUCAAGUUGCGUCUUUUACCUUUGAAUGUACACUUUGGCGAUUUGGGGUUGAUUGCUGAUCCAAUGGGCAGCUGUAAUCUACUUGAUGCUUUCCAGCCUGAUCAAGCCUCCGUAUCUAACUCAGAGAAAGUCUUUCCCCCAUUUGUUUGUGAAGAUCUGUUAGUUACUUGUGACUUCGGACAUGAAAAGGAGAAAGGUGUCAAAAUUGUUAACCUGGAAUUGAAAUGUGGGUAUGUUAUUGCCAACAUUGAUGAAAUGAUGUUUCGCAAGAAGCAUACAAAUCCAGGAAAUAAUAGUGGCUCUGUGAACACUGGAGAUGCCAUAUUGGAUACUUCACCAAUCAAACAGACAUUGAAAAGCAAAUCCAUUCAACCAACGUUAAAGAAACAAAUGCUCGCAUUUCCGGAUAAGGUUAGCUUCAGUGUGCCGAAGCUUGAUGUGAAGUUCAGACACCUGCGUGAAGGACUUAGUGUUGAUAACAACAUUACGGGGAUCCAGUUUAGUUGUGCAAAGUCCCUACCGCAGGAUGAUUUAGAGGAAGCUACACCGCACUUUGAUGUUCAAAUUGAUCUUAGCGAAAUUCAUUUAGUUAGAGAAGAUUCUAGCUCUCUGUUGGAAGUUCUUAAAGUUGCUGCAGUAGCUUCUUUGGAUAUCCCUAUGGACCCAUUUCUUCCGAUCAGAGUCGAGAUCGAUGCCAAGCUUGGCGGUACGCAAUGCAACGUUAUGUUAAGCAGAUUAAUGCCAUGGAUGCGGCUUCAUUCUUUGAGAACCAAAGGAAUGAAGCUUUCGAAGAAUGACUCUCAUCAAGAAAUUUCCCAAACAAACGAGAUGAAGCCAAUUUUGUGGACUUGCACUGUCUCUGCCCCAGAAAUGACUGUCAUGCUUUACAGUCUUAAUGGAUUGGCAUUGUACCAUGCUUGUUCCCAGUCAUCACAUUUGUUUGCAAAUAAUAUUGCAAGUAAGGGGAUUCAGGUACACACAGAACUUGGUGAAUUGCUGGUGCACAUGGAGGAUGAAUAUAGAGAAUUCUUGAAGGAAAACAUAUUUGGUGUUGAUACUUACUCUCGUUCCCUAAUGCACAUUGCUCGGGUGAGCCUUGAUUGGGGAUACAGGGAAAAUGAGGCCCAAGAUAUGUUUGAAAUUAAUAGGCUUGCGCUUGUAUUUUCCAUCGAUAUUAGUGAUAUUGAAGUGAAAUUUGGCUUCAAGCAUUUGGAAUCGCUCGUGCUUAAUUUGUUGUCCUUCAGAACUCUAUUUAAGAGUCUUCAUCGACCUGUUGAAAGAGUUAAAGAAAAUAAUUUGGAGCAUAGAGGGAAAAAGAAAACAAAAGGCGUGGAUAUGUUGAAAUUAAGCCUACAGAAGUUCUCUAUUACUUACUGCGGUGAUGCAAACAUAGUAAAUAUGCCAAUUGCUGAUCCAAAGCGCGUUAACUACGGCUCACAAGGUGGUCAAGUAAUUGUUAGUGUUUCUGCUGAUGGCACACCACGUAGGGCAAGUAUAACUUCGGUUUUACCAGGCAGUAACCGUUACUUGAAGUUCUCUGCAUCUUUAGUAAUAUCUCAUCUCUCUGUGUGUAUAUACAAAGACAAAAAGUCAACGGAAGCAGCAUUUGAGCGGGUGAAGACAAUUUACGAGGAAUUCCCUAAGGAUCAUAGCUCUGGUGUCAGAGUAACUUUGCUAGAUAUGCAGAAUGCUAAAAUUGUUCGCCAAUCCGGUGGCCUUACAGAAGUUGCUGUUUGUUCCCUCUUUAGUGCUACAGACAUUAAUUUGAGAUGGGAACCAGAUGCACAUCUAGCGCUAUAUGAGACCUUCAUCCGUUUUAAGCAUUUCCUACAUCACAACAAGUUCCAUAAUUCUGAAAAGCUGAUCAAUACUGAAGUUGGCAAUGUCAAAGCGAAUGGACAUGUCAAUGUAACUGCUGGUUCAGUUAAACCUCAGAAGUCUAGCAGAAGAGGGUCAAUUUUUGCCCUUGAUGUGGAAGUGUUAAGGGUAUCUGCUGAACUUGCAGAUGGUGUUGAAGCAAGCAUGCAUGUACAAUCUAUCUUCACUGAAAAUGCCAAGAUAGGUGUACUGUCUGAGGGCCUUUCUCUUUGUCUUAAUGGUGCUAGAGUUCUAAAGAGCACCCGCAUACAGAUCUCCUGUAUUCCUUUCGGCACUGGAAGUUUGCUUGAUGCAAAGGUUGAGCCAUCAUCCAAAAGAGACUGGGUUGUUCAAGGGCUAGAUGUCCAUAUUUGCAUGCCUUACAGGUUGCCAUUGCGUGCCAUAGAGGACGCUGUUGAAGAUAUGAUUCGUGCCCUAAAGCUUGUCUCAUCUGCCAAAACAAGUAUAUUGUUUCCUGAUGGGAAAGAAAAGUUGAAAAAAGUUAAUUCUGGGGCAUCCAAAUUUGGAUCUGUAAAGUUCGUAUUACGUAAACUGACAGCAGAUAUAGAAGAGGAGCCAAUCCAGGGUUGGCUUGAUGAACAUUACCAUUUGAUGAAGAACAAAGCCUGUGAGCUAGGUGUUAGGUUAAAAUUUCUUGAUGAAGCUAUAUCAGGAAGUGUAGAUCCGAACAAUCGCAGCUCCGAGAGUAAAGUUCUCUACGAUGGCAUUGAAGUUGGCAUGCAUGACACUGCAGCUCUUCAAAGGUUGCAGGAAGAAAUCCAUAAGCAAGCAUUUCGAUCAUAUUAUAUGGCUUGUCAGAAAAUGGUACCUGUAGAAGGGUCAGGAGCAUGUUCACAAGGUUUUCAAGCUGGAUUCAAACCAAGUUCGCGGAGAACUUCACUUCUUUCACUUUCUACUUCUGAUCUUGAUAUUACUUUGACCAGGAUAGAUGGUGGAGAGAUAGAAAUGGUUGAAUUUAUAAAGGGGGUUGACCCUGUUUGUCAGGAGCAAAACAUACCAUUUUCUCGGCUAUACGGGAGUGAUAUUUCUGUCCUUGCGGGGUCCUUGGUCAUACAAUUGAGAGAUUAUACUUCUCCUCUGUUUUCCUCAGUCAGUGGGAAAUGUCAAGGUCGUAUUGUGCUUGCCCAGCAGGCAACAUGUUUUCAACCUCAAAUACACCAAGAUGUAUAUAUUGGAAGAUGGCAAAAGGUUACGAUGCUACGCUCUGCCAGUGGUACUACACCAGCAAUGAAAAUGUACUCUAAUUUACCCAUUUAUUUCCAGAGGGGAGAGAUAUCUUUUGGAGUUGGUUACGAGCCAUCUUUUGCUGAUAUAAGUUAUGCAUUUCAAGUAGCCUUGAGGAGAGUAAAUCUUAGCACCAGGGCUAGUUAUUCUGGUCCAGCAAUCGUACCACCUAAAAAGGAGCGCAGCUUACCGUGGUGGGAUGACAUGAGAUACUACAUCCAUGGAAAGAUAGUUUUGUAUUUCAACGAGACCACAUGGAAGUUCCUGGCAACAACUAAUCCUUAUGAGCAUGCAGACAAACUCCAAAUUGUUUCUGAGUACAUGGAGAUUCAGCAAACUGAUGGGCAUGUGGAUAUUUCUGCAAAAGAAUUCAAGAUGUACAUCAGCAGCUUAGAGAGUAUUAUGAAAAAUUGCAGCCUAAAAGUUCCAACUGGUGUGCCCAGACCUUUUAUAUAUGCUCCUUUAUUCUCCCUGAAUGUGAUUAUUGAUUGGCAGUGUGAAUCUGGGAAUCCAUUGAAUCAUUAUUUGCAUGCACUCCCUAUCGAGGGGGAGCCACGGAAGAAAGUUUAUGAUCCAUUUCGAUCUACUUAUCUCUCUCUUAGGUGGAACUUCUCCCUUAGACCAUUGCAAGCACAGUGUGAUAAUGGCUCAUCAUCUUCCUGUUAUGGAAACAACUCAAUGCUCUGUGGAACCUUCUCUGGUAGUUCUUCCAAAAUGGCUGAUGAACUCCCAACCAUGAACCUCGGAGCCCAUGACCUUGCUUGGGUUUUCAAAUGGUGGAGCUUAAAUUAUAGCCCCCCUCACAAACUUCGUUCGUUCUCUAGAUGGCGUCGCUUUGGAAUUCCUCGGGCUGCUAGAUCUGGUAACCUCUCACUGGACAAAGUUUUGGUUGAAUUCUUUUUCCGGGUUGAUGCUACUCCCUGUUGCAUAAGACAUGCAACUUUAACUGAGGAUGACCCUGCUAGUGGUUUGACCUUUAAGAUGUCAAAUUUGAAGUAUGAGUUGUGUUACAGUCGAGGUAAGCAGCAGUACACGUUUGAUUGUAAGCGUGAAUCGCUGGACCUUGUUUACCGUGGUCUUGAUCUUCACAGGCCAGAGGUUUAUUUAAUCCGAGAUAGUAACUUGUCUUCAGUUGAAAAUGCAUCCAAAGUAAAGACUACUACCCAACGGUCACUGGGCAAAUUUGUUCAUGACAGAUGCAACACGGGCAAUUUCCAAGAAAGACAUGAGGAUGGCUUCCUCUUGUCUUCUGAUUAUUUUACGAUAAGAAGACAAGCUCCUAAGGCAGAUCCUGCAAGACUUGUUGAAUGGCAGGAUACUGGUAGGCAUCUUGAGAUAACAUAUGUCAGGUCUGAGUUUGAGAAUGGCAGUGAAAGUGACCAUACUCUAUCCGAGCCUAGCGAUGAUGAUGAUGGUUUUAAUGUGGUGCUGGCGGACAAUUGUCAAAGGGUAUUUGUUUAUGGCCUUAGGCUUUUAUGGACUAUUGAGAACCGAGACGCGGUUUGGUCAUGGGUUGGAGGAAUUUCCAAAGCAUUUGAACAUCCAAAACCCUCUCCUUCACGACAAUAUGCACAAAGAAAGAUGAUUGAAGAAAGGAACGCCGAAGGCUCUAGAUUGGCACAAGAUGCUACCACUUCCAUCAGUGUCGGUUCUCCAUCAGUCCAACACGUUGAUGCUUCAGGUUCAACUUCCCCGUUGCAUAGUAAAGCCAAUCACUUCUCUGAUAUGGCUGUGAAACAUGGCAUUUUUGAUGAUUCGGAUAUGGGAGGGACACUUCAAUUUAUGGUUAAUGUUAUCAAACCCCAAUUCAACCUACAUUCUGAAGAAGCCAAUGGAAGGUUUCUACUUGCUGCAGCCAGUGGGCGUGUGUUGGCUCGUUCAUUUCAUUCAGUUGUUCAUGUUGGGAAAGAGAUGCUAGAGCAAGCAUUGGGAACAAGCAGUCUACACAUUCCUGAAUUACAACCUGAAAUGACCUGGAAAAAAGGCGAUGUAUCAGUGAUUCUUGAAGAUGUUCAAGCUCAUGUUGCACCCACUGAUGUGGACCCUGGUGCUGGCCUGCAGUGGCUUCCUCGGAUUCUAGGUAGCUCUGAGAAACUGAAGCGCACAGGAGCAUUGUUAGAGAGAGUAUUUAUGCCUUGCCACAUGUACUUCCGUUACACUAGACACAAAGGUGGAACUGCAGACUUGAAGGUUAAGCCUUUAAAGGAGCUACGUUUUAAUUCUCCUAACAUUACGGCAACAAUGACUUCUCGCCAAUUUCAAGUUAUGUUGGAUGUGCUUAGCAAUCUUCUAUUCGCAAGACUUCCAAAGCCUAGGAAAAACAGUCUUCAGUAUCCAUCAGAUGAUGAAGAUGUUGAAGAAGAGGCUGAUGAGGUGGUCCCUGAUGGAGUUGAAGAAGUGGAGCUUGCGAAAAUUAACCUCGAACAGAGGGAAAGGGAAAGGAAGUUACUGCUUGAUGAUAUAAGGUCUCUCACUGGAAAUGGUGAUAAUCGGACUGAUCACUGUUGUUCUGUAGAAAGGGGUGAUUCUUUGUGGAUGAUCAACAACGGGAAAACUUUACUGGUGGAAGGAUUGAAGAGAGAUCUUGUAAACCUACAGAAGUCUCGGAGAUCUGCAUCUUCAGCAUUAAGGAAAGCUCUUCAAAAAGCUGCGCAGCAACGCUUGAUGGAGAAAGAAAAGAACAAAACCCCUUCUUGUGCCAUGCGGAUUUCUAUGAAAAUUAGCAAGGUUGUAUGGAGCAUGCUCGCAGAUGGAAACACUUUUGCAGAAGCUGAGAUUGUUGAUAUGGCAUACGAUUUUGAUCGGGAUUACAAAGAUAUAGGCGUUGCUCGGUUUACAACUAAAUACUUUAUUGUGAGGAAUUGCAUGGCCAAUGCAAAAUGUGAUACAUUGUCUGCGUGGAACACACCUCCUGAAAAAAAUCACAUGCUCCGUGUGGAUGCCAAGCAAGGUGCUCCAAAGGAUGGAAAUUCUCCGCUUGAACUCUUUCAGGUGGAAAUCUGGCCACUAAAAAUAUAUCUGUCUGAAGCAAUGUAUAGAAUGAUGUGGGAUUAUUUCUUUCCUGAGGAAGAUGAUUCACAACGACGGCAGGAAGUUUGGAGAGUUUCAACGUCGACUGGACCUAGAAGAACAAGACGACUCCCUUCUGGUGUCGAUGCUAUUACUUCUAGCAGCUAUUCAGUCGGAGAGCAUGAGCUUCCUUGGAAAUCAGGUGCAUCCGUAUCCAUGUCAACAAAUGUCUCAAGUUCGCAAGGCUUACAUGGCGACAACGCUCAGGUGUCCAAAUUGCAGAGUCUGAAAGCCAAUAUGGUAUGUGGUUCACAUCAAGAGUUGCACCGGACAUCGUCAUUUGAAAGGACCUGGGAGGAAAGUGCAGUGGCAAGUGUCACAAAUAAUGAUGUGGUAUCAUUGGUGAACCCUUCAAUUGUUUCUUCAAAAGGAGAUGUUAACAAUUCUAUGGUAGAGAACCCUGUUGCGGGAGCUGAGAUGUGGAGGAAUAAAACAAAAGAUUCUAAGCCUGCUAAGUCUGGCCGUUUAUCUCACGAGGAAAAGAAAGUUGGGAAAUCUAAUGAUGAGAAAAAGACUAGAGCUCGGAAAUUGAUGGAAUUUCAUAACAUCAAGAUUAGCCAGGUUGAACUUCUUGUUACAUACGAGGGAUCAAGGCUUGCUAUUAAUGACCUAAGGCUGCUUAUGGAUACUUUCCACCGUGUAGAAUUUACUGGUACAUGGAGGCGACUGUUUUCGAGAGUCAAGAAACAUAUCAUCUGGGGAGUUUUGAAGUCAGUGACUGGAAUGCAGGGGAAGAAGUUUAGCAACCAAAGAGAAACACAUGAUGGUGCUGUUCCUGAAAAUGAUCUUAACUUGAGCGACAGUGAUGUUGGUCAUCAUGGAAGACCUGAUCAAUUUACUGCUUCAUGGUUGAAGAGGCCGGGUGAUGGCGCUGGUGAUGGAUUUGUCACAUCAAUUAGAGGGCUUUUCAAUUCACAACGCCGUAAAGCAAAGGCCUUCGUAAUGCGGACAAUGCGAGUUGAUGGACAUAAUAAUGAAUACCACGAGGAAUGGAGUGAGAGUGAUGGUGAGUACCCUUUUGCUAGACAGCUUACAAUUACAAAGGCCAAGAAGCUCCUACGAAGACAUACCAAGAAAUUCCGUCCAAGAGGGCAAAAGAACUCAGGUCUGGCAUUGCAAGAUUCACUCCCAUCUAGCCCACGAGAAACGACGCCAUAUCAAAGUGAUUCCUCUAGGUCAUCUUAUGAGGACUUCCAUGAGUAGUAAAACAACGCAGGUAGAUCGUGAUUUUCGGACCCCCAUAGUAGACAAGAGCAGAUGCUGCUGUCAGCUUCUACAAUUGGUGGAUAAGAUGCAAUCAUUUUAGACAGACGGCAUUUGGGUGGGGGGCGAUGUUAACGUACCAUCAUUGUAAGUGAUUCCAACCAAGAACCAGCUUGGGGGGUGCAGCCUUGAGAUCAGUCAGCUCUUGGGGAGCUUCCCCAUGUAUAUAGUAGGGUGCAGUGGAAGAAUUUGCGCCGCCUUUGUAGUAGCAUCAAAAUAUUCAGAUGUAUAGUGGUUAGAUAUUACUAUAUCCGUUAUUAUUUGGCCUUGUAAGUUAACAAGAGGCCUAGUACUCCUGGGAGCUGUUAUCGCAAUCGGAUGCUCUAACGGCCUGUUGCAAUAUUGAAAAAUAAAAUCUAUAAUAUUAGAAUGACUGAUUGAAACAUUGAAAGAUAUGUAUCAAAAUAGCAUAUCAAAUUUCUACCUUAACAUUACGAUUUGUUCUAUGUAAUAUUUUCAUGCAA